UCGGUUUUUAAUGACCUGCCUAAGGUUUGAUGAUCUGAAUACUCGGGAAGCGAGAAAGAUUUUCGACAAGUUUGAAGCCAUGCGGUCUUUUUUUGGAAGAUUCGUGGGUAAUCGUGGGACGAUGCCCUUUUAGACAAUAUCUUUCUAACAAACUAACCAAGUAUGGGAUCAAAAUUUUUGCGAUGGCAGAUAGCAAGACAUUUUACGUUUCAAACAUGGAGGUAUAUACAGGUAAACAACCGGAAGGUCCGUACAAAAUAAAUAACUCUUCAGACGAAGUUGUCAAAAGACUUAUUACGCCUAUUUCUGGAACAGGCAGAAAUGUUACCAUAGAAAAUUGGUUUAUGAGUUAUCCGCUAGCUUUAGAUUUGAUAAGUCAACACAAUUUGACGGUAGUUGGAACAGUUAGGAAAAACAAACGGGAACUUCCUCCAAAUAUAUCAAACGUCAAGAAUCGCAAAGAAAACUCCUCAAUAUUUGGUUUUCAAGGAAGAAUAACAGUAGUAUCUUAUACGCCUAAAAAAGGAAAAAAUGUGAUUAUGUUUAGCACAAUGCAUCAUGAUGCUAAAAUAAAUAUAGAAACCGGCGAAAAAGCAAAACCUGAAAUUAUCACGUUCUACAACAGCACCAAAAGUGGGGUAGAUACUGUUGAUCAACUAUGUGCAACAUACAAUACUUCAAGAAACAGUAGAAGAUGGCCGUUGACGAUCUUUUUCAGGUUACUAGAUGUUGCUGGAAUAAAUGCUCGAAUAAUAUAUUAUUUCAAUGCAAAAGAAAAUAUAAAAAGGCGGGUAUUUUUAAAGAAAUUAGGUUUGGCCUUAAUAUCUGAUGCUGUUUAGGAUAGAACAUCGAGCUCUAGAAUACCGAGAGAGUUAAGACAAAAAGCAGCUAGGCUGUCAAAUACUGAGCAACCAUCAAAUACACCAAAACGUUUCAAAGAGGGUACACAACGGCGUUGCCAGGAAUUCCCAAGAUCACGUGACCGUAAAAUUAAAUAUAAGUGUCA